AUGCGUGAAGAAUGUCCGUGCACUACCGGUGAGUUUAUCUCCCGAGAUCACUUUCUGACAUGUCGUGCUCUGGAUCGUACCUUUUUUGAUGCUUUGCCACCUGCUCCACCUGGUGUACAUCGCAUUGACCAUGCUCUGAACUGUCUUCCAGACAAAGCUUCAGCUGGUCCACCGUACUUUUGGUCUGCUUUGCUCCUUUUGUUGCAUGCCAUUGAUUGCCUUGUGCAUCCUCUGGCUGUGAUCCCACCAGAUCCAGAUCCUGGAUCGCUCUGGUUUUCUGCCCAUUGA